AUGACUUCUAUUAUAAUUGGAAUUAACAUUUUAAGUACUCUAGUUAUUUUAACAACUAUUGGAAUAUUAUGUAAUGUUUAUAUGGAAAUAAACAAAUUACAUGAAAUAACAGUUGGAGAUAUGCAAGAAUUCAAUGAAUUAUCUAAUAAUGUAUGGAAAGAAAUGAGACAUAUGUCUAAUGAAAUUAAUGAAAAUAAUAAAGUUUUUAAUAAAAGAAUAUUACGUGAAUCUGGAUAUGCACAACAAUCAAGUGCUUCUUAUUCAGCUCCAGCAGCCUCUUCCAUCUCUGCUGCAUCAUCAUCUUCUCAAAGUUGUAAUUUACCAGGGCCACCAGGACCACCAGGACAACCUGGACAAGAUGGAUUUGAUGGAAUACCUGGACAAGAUGGAGUUCCUGGAACUAAUGGUAUUGGAGCUUCUUCAUCUUCACACAGUUCAUCAUGUAUGCAAUGCCCUCAAGGACCAGCAGGACCAGCAGGACCAGAUGGUCCACCAGGUCUAGCAGGACCAAAUGGAAAUCCAGGUGCUCCAGGAUCACCAGGUAGAAAUGGUGGCCCAGGUCCACAAGGACCAGCCGGAAAUCCAGGUGCACCAGGAAAUCCAGGAAGAGAUGGAGCCCCAGGAUCACCAGGAGCUAAUGGUACAAGAAGAGUUGGAACACCAGGACCAGCAGGAGCACCUGGAGCUCCAGGACCUUCUGGAAACAAUGGAUCAGAUGGACAACCAGGAUCUGCAGGUAGACCAGGACCAGCAGGCCCACCAGGACCAGCAGGAGGACCUGGUAAUUCUGGAAGCGAUGGACAACCUGGAACACCAGGAACCCCAGGAGCUCCAGGAAAUGAUGCUGAAUAUUGUCCAUGUCCAAGAAGAAGUAAAGUUUUUUAA